UCGGGGGGUGCCUUGGGGAUGUGGUAUGAAUACGGGCUCUGUUGGAUGGCGUGGAGCAUACCACUACCAACUAGGUAGGUAGGUAGGUAGGGAGUACUAGUGCCAACAGAAUCAGGCCAUGUCGAUAGAAGGAAAGAAGGAUUCUGUCUGGGGUAAAGGACGGUAAGCGUACGGUACAGACAGUACGUCAAAGCAGGGAAGAUAAAUGAGCCUCGGCCGAGUGAGCACAAGGGACCGUCGGCUUCUGAACGCUCUCUCUCCCCCGGAUCCCCUGGUGCUUUAAGAUCGCCCGCUCUCUUCUCCUUCUUCUCCUCCCACUUCUCCCAGCUGGUCUGCUUCUGGCUUCUCCUCCAGAUUCAUCCUCCUCUUCUCCCCCUCCUGUCAUCCUCCCCUCCUCACAUAUCUCCUCCACGAUGGCAACCGCCCCCAGAGUAAUCGUCGUUGGCGGUGGACUGUCCGGGCUUAGUGCCGCCCACACCGUCUACCUCAACGGCGGGAAUGUCCUCGUUCUAGACAAGCAGGCCUUCUUUGGUGGAAACUCCACCAAGGCCACUUCCGGUAUUAACGGCGCCCUGACGCGCACCCAGGUCGACCUGGGCAUCGCCGACAGCGUCAAGACUUUCUACGACGAUACCCUCAAAUCCGCCAGAGAUAAGGCCCGUCCGGACCUCAUCAAGGUCCUCACCUACAAGUCCGCCGCCGCCGUCGAGUGGUUGCAGGAUGUCUUCAACCUCGACCUGACCCUUGUUUCCCGGCUCGGCGGUCACUCCCAGCCCCGUACGCAUCGUGGCCACGAUGCCAAGUUUCCCGGCAUGGCCAUCACCUACGCCCUCAUGCAGCGUCUAGAAGAGAUCACCGAGGCUGAGCCCGAUCGUGUGCAGAUCCUCAAGAAGGCUCGCGUCGCCUCCAUCAACAAGUCUGGAAACCAUGUGACUGGUGUGACAUACGAAUACAAUGGCGAGACACAUAGCGCGGAUGGUGUCGUCGUUCUGGCCACUGGUGGCUAUGCGGCUGACUUCGGUGAUGGCUCGCUUCUCAAGCUGCACCGUCCCGACACUUUCGGCCUGUCCAGCACCAACGGUACCCACGCCACCGGUGACGGUCAGAAGAUGUUGAUGGAGAUCGGUGCCAACGGCAUCGACAUGGACAAGGUCCAGGUGCACCCCACCGGCCUGGUGGACCCCAAGGACCCCGGCGCCAAGUUCAAGUUCCUGGCUGCGGAGGCCCUACGUGGUGAGGGCGGUCUUCUCCUCAACUCGGAUGGUCAGCGUUUCUCCGAUGAGCUGGGCCAUCGUGACUAUGUCUCGGGACAGAUGUGGAAGGAGAAGGAGAAGGGCAAGUGGCCCAUCCGCCUCGUGCUCAACAGCAAGGCUUCCAACGUCUUGGACUUCCACACUCGCCACUACUCCGGCCGUGGGCUGAUGAAGAAGAUUACGGGCAAGGAGCUCGCCAAGGAGAUUGGCUGCGGCGACGCAGCCCUCCAGAAGACCUUCGACGAGUACAACCUCAUCGCUGAAGGUAAGAAGAAGGACCCCUGGAACAAGAAGUUCUUCCACAACCUGCCUUUCAGCAUCGACGACACCUUCCACGUGGCCGUGAUGGAGCCUGUCCUGCACUUCACCAUGGGCGGAAUCGAGAUCAACGAGCACGCCCAGGUUCUCAACUCGGAGCAGAAGCCCUUCGACGGCCUCUACGCCUGCGGUGAACUGGCCGGUGGUGUCCACGGCGCCAACCGUCUGGGUGGAUCCUCGCUGCUGGGCUGCGUUGUCUACGGCCGUGUUGCGGGCGACAGCGCCAGCGAGUAUCUGUUCAAGAAGCUGGUCUCCGGCGGCGCCUCCACAGCAUCUCAGCGUCUCGGCCAGAUCUCCCUGCACAUCGACCCAGCCACCCCGGGCAAGAUCGCCAUCGAAUGGACUGGCGCCGCCGAAGGUGGCCAGAUCCCCGCGGCCGCUGGAACCCCAGCUGCCGCGGCCCAGGGCGCCAAAUCCAGCGCAACCCCUGCCGGCGCCGCCGAGACGGCCAAGCCGAAACCCCCCUCCAAGUUCACCAUCCCGGAGAAGGAAUACUCGAUGGAAGAAAUUUCCAAACACAACAAGAAAGAAGACCUAUGGAUCGUAGUCAAGGGGAUCGUGCUGGACGUGACCAAUUGGCUCGAUGAGCAUCCGGGCGGAGCGAACGCCCUAUUCAACUUCAUGGGCCGCGAUGCUACAGAAGAAUUCGCAAUGCUGCACGACGACGAAGUCAUCCCCAAGUACGCCUCGCACAUCGUCAUCGGCCGUGUCAAGGGCCAGACCCCUAGUCUAGAGCUGUAA